AUGGCAACGGUCCGGAUCUGUGUCUGCGGCGACGAGGGCACCGGCAAGUCCAGCCUGAUCACCUCGCUGGUCAAAGGUGUCUUCGUUACGAACAAGAUCCAGCCCGUCCUUCCCCAAAUCACCAUCCCCCCUACGAUCGGAACCCCUGAGAAUGUCACCACGACGACUGUCGUCGAUACCUCUGCCCUACCGCAGGAACGGAACAACCUCGCGCGCGAGAUUCGGAAGUCCAAUGUGAUUCUCUUGGUCUAUUCCGACCACUACAGCUAUGAGCGCGUUGCCCUGUUCUGGUUGCCGUACUUUAGGUCACUCGGUGUCAAUGUCCCGGUUGUGCUAUGUGCCAACAAGUCGGACCUGGCGGCCGAACAUAGCGAGGCGCAAGUGAUUGAAGAGGAGAUGCUGCCAUUGAUGUCGGAGUUCAAGGAGAUCGAUUCGUGCAUUCGCACAAGCGCUCGAGAGCACCGAAACGUGAACGAGGCCUUCUUCGUUUGCCAAAAAGCCGUUACCCACCCCAUUGCGCCGCUGUUUGAUUCUAAGGAGGCGCUCCUGAAGCCGGCUGCCGUGGCAGCGCUACAGCGCAUUUUUUACCUAAGCGACAAAGAUCGGGAUGGGUAUUUGUCAGACAAGGAGAUCACGGACUUCCAGACACGCUGCUUUGGGAAGCCACUGAGUGAGGUGGACCUCGCGCACAUCAAGGAGACUAUUCAGAAAGGCUGCCCAGAAUCGGUCACCGAGUCUGGGAUUGACUGCCGAGGUUUCAUUCAUUUGAAUAAGCUUUAUGCGGAGAAGGGUCGGCAUGAGACCGUUUGGAUUAUCCUGCGGUCCUUCCAGUACACUGACAAUCUCUCACUGCAAGAAAACUUCUUGCAUCCGCGAUUCGAGGUUCCCCCCUUUGCCUCCGCCGAGCUCUCCCCCGAAGGAUAUCGUUUCUUUGUGAACUUGUUCCUCCUAUCCGACAAAGAUAAUGAUGGAGGUUUGAAUGAUGCCGAGCUUGCAUCCUUGUUUGCGCCGACUCCAGGUCUCCCUGCGUCCUGGGCUGACGGCUCUUUUCCUUCCUCCACGGUUCGCAAUGAAGCCGGGCAUGUGACACUCCAAGGCUGGCUGGCUCAAUGGAGUAUGACGACCUUUAUGUCCCCCAAGACAACCCUGGAGUAUUUGGCAUACCUCGGGUUCGAGUCGUCUGAUCGGAGCAACCCAUCUAUUACAGCGGCAUUGAAAAUCACAAGGCCUCGCAAGAAGCGUAGACGCCCCGGGCGAGUGGGUCGGAAUGUUGUCCAGUGCCAUGUUCUGGGAGCCUCUGGAUCUGGAAAGUCGGCUUUGCUGGAUGCACUUCUAUCGCGUGGGUUCAGCACGACAUAUCACCCUACGAUUCAACCUCGUACCGCUGUCAACACAGUUGAGCUUCCUGGAGGGAAACAAUGCUACCUGAUCAUGGACGAGCUAGGAGAAUUGGAACCGGCUAUUCUCGACAACCAGGCAAAACUGCUUGACCAGUGCGACGUGAUUGCAUACACGUAUGAUUCGUCUGACCCCAACUCCUUUGCCUACAUUCCUGCAUUGCGUGCCAAGUACCCUUAUCUGGAAGAGAUUCCUAGUGUGUUUAUUGCUCUCAAAGCCGAUCUGGAUCGGACCACUCAGCGGGCUGAGCACCAGCCCCACGAGUACACAGCCUUGUUGAACAUGCCUAGCCCCCCGCUGCAUGUCAGUGUGACCUGGACCUCUAUUCAGGAAGUUUUUGUACAUAUUGCCGAAGCUGCCAUGGAGCCCAGUACGGCAUUCCCUCGGAGCGAGGAGGACGCGGAAGGGAAAUGGAUGGCGUGGGGCAUUGCUUUUGGGGCGGUGGUUUGCGCCGGAGCGGCAGCAGUGAUGAUUUGGCGGCGACAUAAUACCCCAAUGUAUCUCUAUUUCAUGGCUCCAAAUCUUCUGUAUCUCGGUGCCAAGGUCGGCUCGCUCGGAGUUAAACCGGAGCCCCGCCAGGCACGAGACUUGCGUCUCCGCUCGACUUUACCCCGGACAUCGCUGAUCUUCCUCAUCCUUGCUCUCUCCUCUUUGACCUCCCCCAUCCCCUUGCUUGUUGGAAGGACAUCUGCCUCUGCAUUGCCGCAUAUACUUGGUACGCUCUCAGUCCCUCACUAUUGGGAAAUCGCCCAGAACCUGUCCGCCCACAGCUCCCGUCGUGCAUCGCGCUCUCGAUCUGAACCUCUCGGCAGUCGUUUCAUCCCACCCUCGCAUCCAACCCUCGUCAUUGUCUAG